AUGUUAAAAGCAAACAAAAAGAAGAUUGACGAAAAUCGCAUGAAAAUGAAUCGUUCUCCUAUUCCAUGCCAGGCAAUGCUUGAUGUCAUGAAUUCCACUGUUAAUAUUACAUAUAAGACACUAUUGUCUAAUACCGUAGAUGUAAUUGGGAACCCAAGAGAGGUGGCAACCGCUGAGGUAAUAGACAUUAUUAUUAAAGAGGUUAAAAAAGAUCCACAAUUAGAUUACAUUGAUCUUACUAGUGAAUUGAAUUCUAUUCAUGAGUCACUAAUUCCUGUAACAACAGUGCCAGUGUACAAAGAAAAGAUUAAAGAAUUAGUUACUCCACCAAUUCUUAUUAAAUUAGAUAGAGUGCUCUAUAAUCAGAAUUCAUCAUGCAUUAAAUCAAUAGUGGAAUACCUUUCUGGCAUUUUUCUAUUAAGCGUUAUUAAAACUGGAAAUGUAACAUCGUCCCAUAUUGAAAAAAGGCUUAAGAAUUUUCUUACAACAGACAAAUUGCCUAUUCCAGAGUUCACCCCAGAGGAGUUCCAACAAUUAUAUGACAUCAUAAAGGCACAGAUUGACAGAGGAGACCUGGAUCCUAACGACCUUAUAUCAUAA